AUGGAUGGCAACCACAUAUCGCAAUCCGUGACGUGGGGUGGCGAGGUGGAGGACAGGGCGUACAGCAAGGGCAAGACGCUGCUCAAAAGCGAUACAGAAGCCCUACUUGGGUUGGCCAUCAGCAGCCAACAACUACCCCAUGACCCUCGUGCCGUCUACUUCCUCCUUUCGGACGAGUUUGUCGACCAGUGCCCAUCAUCCUGCCUCCCCAGUGACAUCCGCAGCGACGCGUCUCUGGCACCCACGGGUAACCCCGGCAUGGAUGGCCUUGUCUCUGUGUUCGCCCACGAGCUCGCAGAAGCCGCUUCCAGCCCCUUUGUCUCCACGUGGUUCGACGAGCAAGGCGAUGAGAAUGCCGACAAGUGCGCCUGGAAGUGA